AUGACAUGGAGGAAUCAGAUUUUGAUGUUGGAUGUGGAAGACAUGAUGGGUGAGGUUAUAUUUGAGCCGGCGAGUAAAAUGUCAAUUGAGAAAUUGGAGAGGGUGGGAAUAGUGGAAGCAUCAACCAUGCGUGCAAUCUAUGCAGAGGAGAUUGUGGUUGGUUCCGAAGAAAUUCAGAUGCUAUGUUCGCAUUUUUACCAUGGCGAUUGCAUUGUCAAGUUGUUGGAGCAGAGCAAGUUUUGCCCACAAUGUCAAUAUGUUGUGCUUGCAGCUUCUAAGGAUGAAACCGGAAUACCACUGAUCAAUAGGCAUGAGAGAGAAGGUGUUGAUAAUUAA